AUGCGUUACUCACUCCUUGCUUUCGCUACUUGCGCUCUGGCAGCACGCCCUUUCCUCAACGAACCCGAUACUGGUAUCGACGACCAGUUGGCUGGAUUCGUCGCUAAUGACACCCUACCUCCUCUCAAGUCUUUGGUCGGUCUGCCAGACUUCCAAUGGGUCGGCCGCCAGCACAUGAACACCUCCGCCUACACAUACUACCGCAACGGAGCGGCUGGCGAAUGGUCAUACCGCAACAACCUCGAAGUCUUCUCCCGCUACCGAUUGAGGCCUCGCGUCCUCCGCGACAUCACCAACAUCCAAGCCUCCAUGCCCACGACUAUUCUCGGCCACAACUUUUCAGCGCCCUUCUUCAUCUCCCCAUGUGCACGCGGUGGAUAUGCCAACGAGGAUGGUGAGCUUGGGCUCGUCAAGGGUGCCGGCGAAGGCGACAUCCUCUACAUGACCUCGCUCUACUCGUCCAAGAGCUUGGAAGACAUCUACGCUGCUCGCCCCAACGGCUCAGAGCAGGUCUUGUUCCAACAAGUCUACCUUGACGGUGACAUGAACGACACCCAGGUCCUCUUCAAGAGGAUCGAGGAUCUUGGUGCGAAGGCUAUUGUCCUGACUGUCGACUCUCCCGGUGAUGGUGUCAGGCACCGUGCUGCCCGCUACGGUGUCGGUUCCGCCGACGUCAACCUGAGUCUCCUGACUUGGGAUCUUUACCAGCAGCUGUCCAACAUGACCUCCCUGCCUAUCAUCCCCAAGGGUAUCCAGACUGUCGAAGACGCUCGCGAAGCCGUCAAGCAGGGCGUAAAGGCCAUCUUCCUCUCCAACCACGGCGGCCGUCAAACCGACACUUCGCCCUCCUCCCUUGAAGUCGCCCUAGAGAUCUACAACGAGGACCCUGAGAUCUUCCAACAGAUCGAGGUCUACGCUGACGGAGGUAUCCGCUACGGAACCGAUGUUCUCAAGCUCCUCUCCCUCGGUGUAAAGGCUGUCGGUCUCGGAAGGCCCUUCAUGUACGCCAACAUCUACGGCGCUGAGGGUGUCGCAAGGGCGACAGAGAUGCUCAAGUACGAGCUCAUCAAUGACGCGGCGAACAUUGGUGUAACCGACCUCAAGAAGAUCGGCCCAGAGUUCGUGAACUGGAAGACUCCCGCUGUAAGCUUCAGCGUAUAG